AUGGACGUCGUCGUGUUGAGAGCGGUGCGGGGGCGUGAUGCCAGGUUGCCUUGUGGUCAAGGGAAGGUUUUCCUAGACGGGCCUGACUCUUAUAUACUUUGGCUGAAAAACGACAGGGAUUUUCUUUACAGGUUUCCGAACGAAGACACCGAGGCUAGGUCGGUGAACCAUGAGAGGGUGUUCGGCACUUCGUGCGAUGCUGGCUCGUGCCACGAUGACACUUCCCUUCUAUUAAAACGGGUAUCAGAUCAGGACGCGGGCAUCUACAGAUGUCGAGUGCAUUACCAAGCGUCACCCUCCCUUGACUAUGUGAUCGAAGUAAGGUUGGUCGAGACCCCGGGAACACCAAGAAUAUAUAACGAGGCGGGUGAGGUGAUCAAGCAGGCGCACGUGGGUCCCCUGAGCCUCGGCUCCGAUUUGUCGCUGAUCUGCGAAGUGGACGACGAGCAACCAGACACGCUGGUGUACUGGCGUCGGAACGGCGCGGUCAUCGAGCGCGCACACAGCGCACGGCCCGGUGUCCUGCGAGCUGAGGUGCACGUGCGAAACGCGACGCGCGACGAGCUCGACGCCCACUACGAGUGCCUGGCGCAGAACGCGGACGUCACCGAACCGCUAAGCGCGAGCGUCGUCGUUAGGAUGUACCUGCCGCCUAUCAGCGUUGAAAUCCGUUUGAACCACAACUUUGACUUCGAGGCUGGACAGCCGCGUGUAGUGGACUGUGUUGUGGUGGGUUGUGUUCCACCGCCGUCGAUCACUUGGCAUUUGGGCGAUAACCUGCUAAGACCUAGUGUGCACAAGGAAUUGCACGACGGCAACUACACCGUGUCGUCUUUGACGCUGGCACCAUCGUUGCGAGACAACAAGCACGAGCUGGUCUGCCGGGCACACAACUCACACUUACCAGAUGCAGUAUUCGAAGACAAGGUCACCCUGAACGUUGGAUAUCGACCUGUUUGCCUGACUUCCCGGGAGGAGACCAUUGGUGCCGUCCAACGGGAGGCGGAAACCUUGACCUGUGUGGUAGAAGCAUCACCAGAACCGCUUCAGUUCAGCUGGACCUUUGACGAUUCGAGAAGCCUAUAUACCAGCGUGAAAAAAGUACCUGGUCAUCAUCACCGAUAUUCAUCUACGCUUACGUGGCUACCAAGGGAUGGGGACUUUGGGCUACUAUUUUGUCGCGCUACGAACAGUUUCGGAGAGCAAAAGAAGCCUUGCGUAUACGCUAUCACAAAUGGAGGGCCGCCGCAUCCACCAGACUGCGGGAUUCUACGCUCCUAUCCACACACCGUGCGCGUAGAAUGUCAGAAAGGAUGGGAUGGCGGUCGUCCACAAGUUAUACACUUGGAACUGUACAGCAGCGAUGGUGCUCUCCUACAUAAUGUGUCAAACGCAGCCGGCCUCUUCCACCUGCCGGACGUUGAAGAGGACAAUAACUUGACCGCUAUACUGUACGCCAGCAACGUGCGCGGCAGAAGCAUUUCGAAGACCAUGUACCUACAGACGAUAUCGACAUUGAGCGCAUCGGCCGUAACCGAGAACUCCACGACGGUCACGUGGGAGAGGUGGUUGGAGGCGACGGCGGGCUUGGUGGCUAUCUCUGUCGCCAUUGCCGCGACUGCUAUUUGCGUGCGGAUUAUCAAGAUUCGAAGCGAAAACCUGGAGAACCCCGAUCUAGUUCCCCGCUCAGAUGGUGUAUUUCAUCGGGAACCAGAUUUCGCCCGUGAAGAACGCUUGCUCGGCACUACUAACAUCACAGUGAACCAAUUAGCCGCAUGCCAAAACCAGCAGUAUUCAUCAUCGCCGGUGCCAUCUUGUCGUGUCCUAGUUGGCUGUGGAUCUCGCUCGCCACCACAGGACGCCUGUCCAGCGAGCCAGCACUCCUACUUCGCGGCGGCGACGUUGGCGGACGUGUGCGGCGCGGCCAGCGUGAUAACCGCCGCCUUAGGCCAAAUGGGCCUGGGCCUGGGGCGGCCACAUACUUGGGGCGGCAAAUCG